AUGGAGUACGCGCAAUACCAACAGCCGCCGCAAGGCCAACAUGGACAUGGUCAAGGGCACAUUCAGAGCGGAUACCCGAAUACCGGUCAACAUCCAGGCACCGGGCCCUCAAUCACUUCUCCAUCACAACCUAUUCACUCACAGCAUGCGGUGCACCCACAAGCGUCUCCUAUACUCUCCUCUCAACCUCAACAACACCAACAGAUGAACUAUCAACCUGCCUAUGGCGUUCAACAACCAGCCAUGCAUUAUGGGAUGAGCCAAAUCACACCGCAAGCGGCAGCCAUGGCCGCAACAGCGGCUGCUUCUGGAACCGGGUAUCCGUAUACGCUCCCAGAUGGCGCGCUCCCUCAGACAUCGCCGAGAAUGGGUGGUGGUGGGGUUUCUGUCAAGCAAGAGGCUGGGCGCAAAUCACCCAGACAGAUGAACAACCAGAUGGGCCAUGGACAAGUUCAACAAGCUAGGAGAAUGAGCGCUCAAGUCGGCAGCCCAGCUGUACCCAAUUCUCAACCCAUCAUGAACCAUGCUCCGCGACCAUCCGUACCGCCAAUGCCUCAAGGCCAGCCACAUCCACAAUCUCCCGAGCUCGUGUCUGGCGCAGUUGAAGAAUCACCUCUUUAUGUCAACGCAAAGCAAUUUCAUCGUAUCUUGAAGCGUCGCGUCGCAAGACAGAGACUCGAGGAGGCUCUGCGCCUGACCUCGAAGGGACGAAAACCUUAUUUGCAUGAAAGCAGGCACAAUCAUGCAAUGAGGAGACCUCGAGGCCCAGGUGGGCGAUUCUUGACUGCUGAUGAAGUUGCCGAGAUCGAGAGGACAAAAGGUGAAGGGGGUGACGAAGGCAACAAGGGGUCCUUGGAGACACCUGCAAAAGGCCCUUCGGGUAGUGGUGGAGGAUCCGGCACCAAACGAAAAGCAGAUUCGGACAAUGCGACGCCCAGCAAGAAGGCAAAACCAAAUGCGCCACCUGUGCGAAGUAGUGCAGAAGAAGAGGAUGAUGAGGACGAUGAUGGGGAAGAUGAUGGUUGA